CACACACACACAUUUACACAUAUACACAAACACUGACCAACUUGAUCUCAUAGUUUCACUUCUGAAAUUAUGGAUGGAUGUCUAUUUUGUGAUGCAUUAAUUCUGCGUGGUUACAGGUUCAAUUUUGCGUGGUUACAGGUUUAAUUCCACGUAGUAACGGGGUUAUUUCUGCGCGGUGAACGGGGUUAAUUCUGCAUAGUUAAAACAGAAACAACUCAAAGGUUGAAGCUUAGGUAUUAAGUCCGAGGGGUUAACCCCCUAGAGUCCACGCCCCCGUGGGAAUUAUAUUAACAUAAUAAAACAAUCCCCAUUAAAAUCCAUCAGUUUAAGCUAGAGAUAUCACUUUUUUUGCAUUGGAUUGCGUCUCAAUCCACCGCAUCUGCCGAUGUCUCACUUCCGCAUCUGCAGUGAAAGGUGACAGAGCUAGAGCGGUGUUUGUCAGACUACGAGACAUCCAGAAAAUCAUUCUUCUCACAAAAUCGCUUGUAACGUCCGAAUGGUUUGGCCUACAAAACUAUUAUGAAAAGAUGAGACUCUCACAAACAUGAUAGUGUCCUGUUUUUCUGUAUGACCCCCAGAAGCGUCUUGGGACCCGUCUGAAGUCGGUACCGCCGAUCUGCCAACCUCUGUCUGUAGAGAACAGUUUGGGUUACACACUAAUAUGGCCCGUCUAUGGAAAGGUAUGACAGUGUUCUCUCUAAGUGAUGACGGCACCAGCCUUCCAGCUCCGGGUGACUCAGCCUUCCCAGCAUUCCUCUCCUGUAAGGGGUGUCGCCAAUUGAUGGGGGCCGACCUUGACCUGGGAGCGGGACUUGACUUGGGGGCGGGACUCUACUGCCUGAGCUGCGAAGAGGGCCUCCAAUCAGAAUCACACACAGCCAUGGAGGAUACCUCACAGGGGGAGGAGUCAACCCCGGCUGUCCAAUCCUGUGAGGGGAAGGACAGGAAGAGGAAGAGGAGUAAGGCGGGUGAUGAAGAAGUCUGUAUGAAGCUGUACACGUGUUCUCUGUGUAGUUUCUCCUCUCGCUACUCCAACCAUCUAAAACGCCACAUGAGAACGCAUGAUGGAGAGAAGCCCUACCGCUGUCCCCACUGCCCCUACGCCUCUACACAGAGGGUCAACCUGCAGAGACACACACGCACACACACCGGGGAGAAGCCCUACCUCUGCAACGCCUGCAGCUAUGCCUGUAGUUCCCUGGGAAACCUGCGGAGGCACCAGCGCUCGCACAGCCAGGAGACUCAGCCCCGGCCGCAACGCACACACACACUGAAGAGACGCAGCAGACGAAAACACACACGCAGAGAAAAUGGUGAAGAUGCCGUUUUGUCAGACCUGACAGUGUGUGUGAGGGAGGACUCUGAUUUCCUCCAGUCCCUAGGGGGGGUAGCCUCUCCCUCCUCCCCCCGUCUCCCCCCCUCCGCCCCUCUCCCUGACCUCCUCUUCCCCCUCUGCUGUCGUUCCUGUGGCCUCACCCUGGAAGGAGAGGCGGAGGGCAGAGGACAGAUGUGUAGUCAAUGUUCUGAGUUUGUCCUCUCUAAGGAUAUAGGCUCCUCCAGCCCCACUGCCAGAGACACACCUGGUGACACAGACUCACACGCAGUCCAGCCGGGGGCCAGUAAGCUGUACCGCUGCCCUCUCUGCCCCUUCCUCUCCCUCUACCCCAACCACCUGGCCCGACACGCCCACACCCACAGCGGGGAGAAGCCCCACCGCUGUCCCCAGUGCCCCUACGCCUCGGCCCACCUCGACAACCUGAAACGCCACCUCCGGGUCCACACAGGGGAGAAGCCCUACCGCUGUCCCCAGUGCUCUUACGCCUGCGGGAACCUGGCCAAUCUGAGGCGCCAUGAGAGGAUUCACUCUGGAGCCAAGCCGUUCCACUGCUCUGUGUGUGGCUACAGCUGUAACCAGAGUAUGAACCUGAAGAGACACAUGUUGAGACACACGGGAGAGAAGCCGUACGGCUGUGCUGAGUGUGACUACACCACGGGACACUGGGACAACUACAAACGCCACCAGAGGAAACACGGACACAACACACACAGCUGGGACAAACACACACACCAGGACACUACAGCAGACAGCAACACACAGCACUGAGACACACACACACACACACACAGCUGAGACACACACACAGCAUUGAGACACACACACACACACACACACACACACACACACACAGCAUUGAGACACACACACACACGCAGCAUUGAGACACACACACACACAGCACUGAUACAUACACACACUCCCACAGAACAACACUGAAUUCAAGAAACAGGGAACCAUAACCAGGGAGAGGUGUGUGUGUGUGUGUGUGUGUGUGUGUGUGUGUGUGUGUGUGUGUGUGUGUGUGUGUGUGUGUGUGUGUGUGUGUGUGUGUGUGUGUGUGUGUGUGUGUGUGUGUGUGUGUGUGUGUGUGUUACAGUGGUGACCCCCGAACCCGCUCUCAGGCCUCAGAGGGGCAGGACUUAUCUCAGGAACCUUUUUAGAGGCGGAGCUACAUGUGCUGGUUUCCUGGAUCUGAACACUGCACUGGUCUUAGGGCAUUAAAUGGUGUGUCUGUGGGAUUCAAGAUUCAUCCUUUUUUUUUUUAUAUGGUUAAAUGUUGUUUUUAGUAAAGUAGAUGCAUUGUUUGAAAAUGUAUGUUUUGAUUGAGAUUUAGGGCAUUUCUAAAUUAUGUAUUCCAACAAAACAAAUAUCAUCUGUAAAGAAUGUAAUUGUGAAACAGAGUUUAUUUUUGCAACAAAUGAUAUAUUUUAGUUGAUUUGAACAAUGUUUCUCAGAAAAUAGUAUUGCGUCGGCGGACAUCACGUUGUAUUCUCAUUGGAGACGAUGUCUAGCACACCGUAACAGAUUCAAAAAUGUUGAGAAACACAAAUGGAGAGUUUGAAGUCGGUCACUUUGCAUCCAUUUGGCUCUUCGUUAAUACACCACUGCUGAAUGUAAGGCUACGCAGAAAAUAGACAGGACCACAGUAACUGUCUGCACAAUAGACAGGACCACAGUAACUGUCUGCACACUGUGCCUUCUACAUCUCUAGUACUGAAAUAAAGACUUGUGACUGAA